AGCGAAAAAAUAAGUGGCGUUGAAGGAACGAAACUAGAUGACGAAUUUCUUGACAUGGAGAGGAAAAUAGAUGUUACCAAUAAAGCUGUUGCAGAAAUUCUUUCGAAAGCCACAGAGUAUCUUCAGCCAAAUCCAGCAUACAGAGCUAAGCUAGGGAUGCUGAACACUGUGUCGAAGAUCCGAGGACAGGUGAAGACCACCGGGUACCCGCAGACGGAAGGCUUGCUGGGCGACUGUAUGCUCAAGUACGGGAGGGAACUCGGGGAAGGCUCCACCUUCGGUAGUGCAUUAAUAGAAGUCGGUGAAUCCAUGAAGCUCAUGGCUGAGGUGAAAGACUCUCUUGACAUUAACGUAAAGCAAACUUUUAUUGAUCCACUUCAGUUACUACAAGACAAAGAUUUAAAAGAGAUUGGGCACCACCUGAAAAAGCUGGAAGGCCGCCGCCUGGAUUAUGAUUAUAAAAAGAAGCGAGUAGGUAAGAUACCAGAUGAAGAAGUCAGACAAGCGGUAGAAAAAUUUGAAGAGUCAAAGGAGUUGGCUGAAAGAAGCAUGUUUAAUUUUUUAGAAAAUGAUGUAGAACAAGUCAGCCAGUUGGCUGUGUUUAUAGAGGCGGCUUUAGACUAUCACAAACAGUCCACAGAGAUUCUGCAGGAGCUGCAGAGCAAGCUACAGAUGCGAAUAUCGGCCGCAUCCAGCGUUCCCAGACGAGAAUAUAAGCCCCGGCCCAUAAAAAGGAGUCCUAGUGAACUCAAUGGGGUGUCCACCACCUCAUCAGCGAGGACAACAGGUUCUAACGUUCCCAUGGACCAGCCCUGCUGUCGUGGUCUCUAUGAUUUUGAGCCAGAGAACCAAGGAGAACUAGGAUUUAAAGAAGGAGACAUCAUUACAUUAACCAAUCAGAUAGAUGAAAACUGGUAUGAGGGAAUGCUCCAUGGGGAAUCUGGAUUCUUCCCCAUUAAUUAUGUUGAAGUGAUCGUGCCUUUACCUCAGUAA